CUUCCAGCGUCGAGUGUUCAGUUUCAGCCACCGCCCCCCAAACACAGCACAUUUACCAGGUGCAAGGCGCCAUUUUACAUAGGUUUCUUGAAUUAUCCGAGUCAUACUCACCUCCUCGUCCUCCGAAGUGCGUUACUGUCUGCAGAACUGCACAGCGUCAUUAGUGUUGGAUUAUUUAAAGAAAAAAGACCUCCUAACUUCAAUAAACAAGUUCCGACGUGGACUUUCUUUUCCUAACGCGACUCGCCAGCAUGGAGAAGUUAUGCGGGCUGCUCCAGGUGGACCAAUCAACGGUGGCGAUGGUGGAGCAUUUCGGGCGCUUCGUGAAGUCGCUGGACCCGGGUUGCCACUGCGUGCCGUGGUGCUGCUGCUACCGCGCUGCGGGGCUCAUGAGCCUCCGCGUGCGCCAGCUCGACGUGCGCUGCGAAACAAAGACCAAGGAUAACGUGUUCGUCACUGUAGUCGCUUCCAUACAGUACCAGGCGAUUCGCGAGCAGAUCGAGGACGCAUUUUACAAGCUGCAGGACCCGCAGGCGCAGAUCCGCUCCUACGUCUUCGAUGUGGUGCGCGCGAGCGUGCCGAAGAUGGAUCUGGACCGCGUGUUCGAAGUGAAGAACGAGAUCGCGCACACCGUUGAGGAGGAGCUCGAAAAGGCAAUGAGGACGUACGGUUACCGCAUUGUGCAGACGCUGAUUGUGGAUGUGGAGCCGGACAACAGAGUGAAGGCCGCUAUGAACGAGAUUAAUGCGGCUCAGCGCAUCCGCAUGGCCACACAGGAGAAGGCAGAGGCUGAAAAGAUUCUCCAGGUGAAGAAGGCGGAAGGAGAGGCGGAGGCAAGGUACCUGGCGGGCGUUGGCGUGGCUCGACAGAGGCAGGCGAUCGUGGACGGGCUGAGGGACAGCGUGAUGGGAUUCUCGGAGCAGGUGCCGGGCACCACGCCCAAGGACGUGCUGGACAUGGUCAUGAUGACGCAGAACUUCGACACCAUGCGGGACAUCGGGGCCAACAACCGCUCAUCCACCAUUUUUGUGCCGCAUGGACCAGGGGCAGUGGCUGACAUUGGUGCGCAGAUCAGAGACGGGCUUCUGCAGAGCACAGUGGCUGCUAGAACCAGUGUGUAAGAGCUGUUGACAUCGACCAUUCGUACCAGGGGUAACCAGCGAGACGGAUCAUUCAUCUACCAUCGUUGUGCCGCACGGACCAGGGGUAGUGGAUUCCGGAGUACUGUGGCUGCUGGAAGCAAUAGGUAUGGGUGAGGAGUAACAGUGCACCGGUGCUGUGUACACCGGUGCACCGGCUCACUGUAUGUACAGGAAGCAUAGGCAUCAGCAGCAACCUAGCAUUUGUUGAUGUGGAUAUGGGUGGUUUGGUGGUGUUGUGUGUUGUGGAAUUAGAAUGCAUACCCAUGUGAAGGUAUAGCAUGAGUUGUGUGUUUGUUUAUUCACUUUUGACUGGAUAUCAUGUGUCAGCAAAAUAUUACUCUUAAGGGAAUGAGGUUGGGAAACU